AUGAAUCAUGUCUCGAAGCAGUGCGGGCUACGAGAGGUCCAGAGUUACGGACUCUCACGCGUAGUCCCACCAGAUCAGCGGUAUUCAACUAUAGCUGUAAAGGUGCAGUCUAUACGAAGGUGUUCUGACAUGGUGCCUACUGUCAAAAAGCCAUACGCCACAACGAUCACAACGACGCUCAGCCACUUGCAGUUUGCCGCAAUGAUAGGAAUCUGCUGGAGGAUCCUUGAAGAUUUGAACGAAUCCCUUCGAGCAAAGGCUAGCGGCUUGAUUCUCACCGGAGGCCCCGCGCCUCACUCUGACUUGGCAUUCACCAUUGAAGUGACCGAAACAACCUCGUUUAGAGAAAGACGCCUGAUGCAGCAUCCGAAAUCGAAGAGCUCCGCUAUGGAAGAGUGCCGACUAUUUGCCCUGCUAAACAAGACUCAGGCGAAAAGUUUUCGUGACAGAAUCCGCACAUGA